AGCCCUUGUAGGCAAGAAUACCCACUGUUAUUAAUAUACAUUUAAAAUGAAAAAAUUCUCUUAAAGAACAAGUGAUGAACACUUGUUUUAAAACAAAAAUAACACAAGACUGCUUUUCACACUACCACUGUCCCUCACUAAGCAACUGAUUCCCUGGAAUCAAUUGCUAUUUGCAGUUAGUAACUGUAAUUAGGAUACUUAUAUGGGUGGCACGGUGGCUUAGUGGUUAGCACGUUCGCCUCCCAGCACUGGGGUCUUGGGUUCAAGUCCCUAUCUGGGUGGAGUUUCCAUGUUCUCCCCGUGUCUGCGUGGGUUUCCUCCGGGGACUCCGGUGUCCUCCCACAGUCCAAAAACAUGGAGAUCAGGUAAAAUUGGAUACUCUAAAUUGUCCAGAGAAAUUGAUUACUCUACAUUGAUCUGGUGUGUAUGUGUAAGUGUGUGGUAUGUAUGUAGGUUUGUGUGUGUGUAAGUGUGUGUGUAAAUGUAUGUAUGAGUGUGCCCAGAUAUGGAUUGGCACUCUGUCCUGGGUAAUUGCUGUAGUGCCCUAUGCAGUCCUCCAGGUUGACGGUGGUUUCCGGUUGAGAGUACACUGUGCGCUAUUGGCUGCUGCUUCUCACCGGUGUGUGGAUGAGUGUUAAUGUGUAAUGUGCUUGUGUGUAAAACGUGUUCAUUGUAAAGCAUCCUUUAGUUUCUAGAAAGGCGCUAUAUAAGUUGAAAUUCAUUCAUUUACAGCAAUAUUUUGCAUUUAAUUAACACGGUACUUUACUGUUAGUUUAUAUACAUUGUAACAAGUUAAUGUAAAUCCUAUCAUCUAUACGCUUGUAAUAUUAAUGGCUUUGUGUUAGCAGGUCAUAAACUGCUAUUUUAUUUAUUUAUUAAUGAAGCAUUGGCUUUGUGUGGUUUGUAUUAUGUAACAGAGUGUGUUGUGUCUUUUAUUUGUAAUACCUAAUGCUUAGUGACUCUUCACUCUCGACGGGAAACCCUAAUUAAAUGAAGCUUCCGGAUCCGUCCUGUGCAGCGCCUUGCCAAUAAAGGAAGUCCCAGACGCUACUCGAGCUUUUCAUCCUGCCAAAAGAGAAUCCUGCUGUCCCUUUGCCCUUUGGCUCUGGACAACAUCCAGUCCUGCAUGCUGCCAAAGUAACAGGACUACCCAGGGGGACAAGCCAUUUCCUGUGGUUAGCAUGGACCUUUACAAGACAAUGAGUGCCUGAUGAUCGUAUCUGUUGCAGCCUGAAAUAUCUCACGCUGUUUAUCGCUGAUAAAGGACUGAAAUGAGGCUGGGAUUUCUGAUUCUGAAUGAUGCAUCAACUGGAGACCUCAGAAUUCUUCUGUGAAGGUUCUUGCCGUCAUUGGUGAGAUUGUAACCAAACACUUACAGAGGAUAUGUAUCCCCUGUGUCCAAACUAUUGGUACCUUCUGAACUAGGAGCUUGCAUUAUUACUAUAAACUAAUGUACGAUAAGUGAAGUAACUGCUAGAUUCCAAUGAGAAGGUUUUAGGAAGGAAUAGACCAACAUAACUAGAAAGUCAUACAAUUUGUAAUGUAACACAACAAAAGUAACUAGCUCAUCGUACAGAAAAUGGCAUUUUUCCGAAGCUUCCAGACCAGCAUUCCUUCCAUGUCCUACCUCUUAAGCUCUGUGUCCGAAACAAUGGACGAUAUCGCGUCCGCUUUGGGUGACGUCACGUUUACAGUCAGUGGAGAGAUCGCUGAGCAUGUCAACACCAUCAUCCACAAAGUUCAGGCUGAGGAAAUGGAGAGACUCCGCAAGAAAGAGGCAGCAGAAAAGGAGGCAGCAGCCCUGGAGAGGGAGACCCACCUCAGAAACGCUGAAUUACAGCCCCAGGCUUCGAUCAACCAAGCACAGGAUCCAAACGCCAACCUGGGUACUUCUGAAAUAGAGCCCCAGACUUUAUCCAACUUACCAAAGAAUUCAUUGAUUUGUCAGGAUGAGGCUGAAAUCCAGACUCCAGACCAAGAUUUGACUGGUCAACCCCUAGAAGUAGAAGCCCAAGCAGAAAACUGGAAUCUGGAAACUGCCAAAAUCCAGCCAGAGGCUUUGAUUUCUCAACACAGAAGCAUAGAAAUCUCAAAGGACGAGGCUGAAAUUUCUGCUCAAGGUUUGUCUAGUAAACCUAUAUAUGUUGAAGCAGAGACCUGGAUGGAAACCGCUGAAAUCCAGCCAAAGUCUUCAUUUUCACAAUACAGAAACUUGGAGAUCUCACUCGACGAGACUCAAAUUCCUCCUCAAGCAUCGUCUGGUCAACCCCUACAAGCAGAAACAGAAACCUGGUUGGAAACUGAUGAAACCCAGCCAGAGCUUUUGUCUGCUCAAUGCCAAAACAUGGAAACCCUUCUGGACGUAGCCGAAACCCAGCCUCAGGCUUUGUCAAGCCAACCAAGAGAUUCAGAAACCUUCUUAAGCAAGUUUGAAACCCAGCCCUGGGCUCCUUCCAGUCCAGCUGAGGACUUUGUACCAUACCUGUACAAGCCAGUACCAAAGCCUCAGGUUUCUCCAAGCCUCUCCCAGGACCCUGAGGCCUACACCACAGACUAUUUUACAGGUUCUGCUCCUUCUACAGAAACCUUUUCUACUGGCAGUGACCUCUCCCAACCGGCUGACACCACUCUGAGGCGGAACCAACAGCACAGCAAAUCGAUUCUGAAACCAAGAGGUCAGAACGGAUCCACUAAAGUAAAACCCAGAGAUUCGCAGAAGAGCCAGAGGAGUGUUCUUGAGAGGGUGAAGUGCUCCAUCUCUUUUGCUGGAAGGUUCUCUGAGAGGAGAAGUAAGCGAGAGAGAAACAGAAGGAGCGGUAAAGGUGAGGCGAUGAAAGCGUUGAAGUUUUCCAUCUGAUUUCCUUCUGCACUAAUGGAUAAAUGGGUGGUCUUUCUUCCAGUGUGGCUCGAACCUUGGGCUGCAACUUUGUGUGGUUUUCCUUAAUUGAAGCUUCUUGGGCUCUUGAGGUUUCCAUCAUCUUACCUGUCAGCUGUUUUUGAAGGUUCUUGAAGGUUCUACUUUAUCUUGGUAAUCUUUUGAAAUGUGGUGCAGUCAACUUUGUUCUUAACUCUACUGGAUGACUCUUCUUUUUCUUGUUUAAAAAACGACUUUGUAAGGUUUUUGGGUUCUUCAACUUGCUGACUUGCAUGGUCCUGCAACCACCACCCUACUCGUGCAUGUUUUUCCAUUAUGCAUGCAUCCCUCACUCCUCCCUGCUGUAGUCUCAUUAGCAUGCUAGAACACGCAACAACUUGAAUAUGAUAGUCAUUUAUUUUGAUGAUGAGAAAUAUCAUAUUCUGAGCUCAGUAUUAUGAACCAAAUUUAGGGCUUAGUUUAUCGUCACACUUUUGUUUAACUUGGUGUGAAGCAGUGGAUAACACCACCACCUGCCAGUGAGCUAACCACCACAUUGUGUGGGAGACUAGGUCACUGAACGCUGUGCUACACCAAUAUGAGUUCUUGGGCUAGACUCCUAACACUUCAUUGGCUUACUUCUGUAAUUUGUAUAACUUUGGAAGGGGCUCUGAAUAGGAACAUCAGCUAAAUGCUAUGAAUGUAAAAUGUAAAAGUAAAACUUUUUUUACUGAACUGUUCCUUCAAUCACUUAAACCCUAAAAUGGAAACAGUACUUUAUUGAAAAAUUAAUUUUAAAAAUUCUAUGUAAAGCUACAGUACUACAGUAAUCCUGGCAGCAGAUUGUCCAGUUUAUCAUAAUUUUCACAGUUCCUUACCAUUCAUUAAAAAGAAAAAGUAGUAGUUUUAUUUAGUACUGUAAAUUGGAUCCAUCUAUUCUCUUAGAAUUUUAAUGACCAAACAUUAACAGAUGAUUUCCUCAUGGCACUGUUCUGCGUACUGUAUUUUUCGCACACUUAAAAUCCUUAAUUUUUUCAAAAAAAUCAUCAAGGCGCCUUAAGUAAGAAUUGUAUCAAUCAGGUAUUAAGGAGCAGUAAAGCCACUCUGCUGAAGUAGAGCAAGAGUAAGAGUUAUGCAAGAGUAUCAGUUUAGUUUUCCAGCAGCAUUGGCUUUAUCUGCUAACCUUGCUGAGCGUUAGCUCUUUGCCAAUUAUCAGACUGUAACCUGCAUGUUUACCGUGUUAAAACAAGCUACAUGAUACGAACCUUUAUAAGGGCCGUUAGCUAAUAUCAAUGGGGCUUACUGGAACACUAAGGGUUUCUCAGUGUAGCGCUGUCAGGCGGCAUUAGCCACUAAUGCUAAUUCUCCAGCUUUAGUGGAAAUCUGUACAUCUAAGCUUACUGUAAAUAAACGAAAGAGCUUUUCUCACACAAAAUAAACAGCUUUUAAGAGAGAAAUGCUGUAGAUUAAUAUCCAGCACUCGUUUGAGUUGUCUGACUCAUCUUGUUUACAUAGCCUAGCUUAGCUUUACAGGUCUCGAACCUGCUGAAGGAAAACAUGGCGACACCACUGUUCCUACUACUAGAUCCUAGUUACUUAUGUUGCCUAAAAUGCGCCUUAUAAUCCUGUGCGCCAUUUGUAUAAAAAUAGACCAGAAAAUAGACGUUUAUUGAUAGUGCGCCUU